UAGGCAGUGAUGGGAAACUUGAAACGGUGGGUUUGGGCGAGUUGUUGAAGGCCAUUUAUGGUCUGAAAUUCAGACCAUAACAUCUGGGGAUUGAACGGAGCAUCUGGGCAUCAUCUUCUUCGUCUUCGAAACGAAUGUGUUCUGUGUUUUGGUAAGACCGUCCGUUGGUUAACUGUCAAACUUGUUCAGUCCCAUCUAUGCGUCCAUUAAGAUGUCCAUAAGUAAUAAGGCCCAAAGAGGGCCUCGAACGAAAAGCAAGGAACAAAAGAAAAAGCAAAGAUAUAGCAACGACCCUAUACGUCCAUUCAAUUCGUUCUUUCCAGCUAGCCUUUGUCUCCUUUCCAGUUGUACAUUGUCUAGCCCCUGAGCUUUAAUGAAAUUUCUCUUUCGAUAAAAAAAAAAAAAAAAAAAAAGCGCUAGCCUUUGCUCUGCAACUGCUGCUGUAGUCAUUACUUUAACUUUCACGAGAAGAGAAGAGGUAUUGGCUUGCAUCUAAUGAUUUUCGUUCCCCCCAAUUGAUUGACUUAAUAUGUGCUGAUCUAAACUCGGGAAUUUGAGGAUCAACUAGCUUCAUCCAUAACCAAAGCAGAUUUAAGGCAUGGAGUAUUUUCUUUCAAAAAUUGGCGAGUACACAAUUGAACCCGUUGGACGCCAAGUGGGUUAUAUGAUUCACUGCAAAACCAACCUUGGAAAGCUAGAGGCCAUAGCGGAAACAUUGAAAGCUGCUCGAGAGUCGCUGGCUACUGAGGUUGAUGCAGCUAAAACAAGAGGUGAAACAAUUCGACCCGAUGUCGAAUUGUGGCUGGAAAAAGUGAACUUGAUCACUGCAGAGACAGAUGAGUGGUUGAAAGAUGAAAGUCAAGCCAAGCUGAAAUGUCUCCAUGGUUUUUGUCCUAAUUUGAUAAUCCGUCGUCACCUAAGCAGGGACUCAACAAAAUUGGUGCCGGAGAUUGUUCAACUUUACGAAAAGCGAGGAUUUUCCUCAGUUUCAUAUGGUCCUCAUCAGAAAGAGGUAUCGGGUGUUACUCGCAAUGAUUACGUAGCCUUACCAUCAAGGAUUUCAGUUGUGAAAAAAAUCAUGGAUGAAUUGAAAACUUCCGAAACCAAUAGGAUUGAGGUGUGUGGAAUGGGAGGAGUGGGUAAAACCACACUGGUCAAAGAAGUUUAUAAGCAAGCUGCAGAAGAUAAAAAGUUAUUUGAUGAUGUGAUUAUCCUGCUAGAUGUAAAACAAAAUCCAGACUUGGAAGCAAUUCAAAAGAAAAUUGUUGAAAAGUUGGGAAUGGAGGUUCUUGACAAUGAGACUAUGCAUGGAAGAGCGAGUCGUCUAUGUGCCAGAAUACAAGGCAAAAUGAUUCUCGUCAUUUUAGAUGAUGUUGAAGAGAAACUUGAUUUAAAGCUCGUGGGACUUCCCAGUCUUCCAACUUGUAAGAUAUUGCUGACAUGUAGAACUCGAGGAGUUCUAGGUUUUCAUAACAUGCGUGCGGAUAAAAGGUUUCACUUGGACGUUUUAGUUAAAGAAGAGGCUUGGAGUCUUUUCGAGAAGAUGGCUGGUGAUGUUGUCAAACAGAAUGGUUGCCGAGAUAUAGCCAUUCAAAUAGCUGAAAGAUGUGGAGGUUUGCCCCUAUUGGUUGUCACAGUUGCAAGUGCUUUAAAAGAUGAAAGUAGAUUGCAUGUAUGGAAAGACGCCUUGAGACGACUUAGAAGGUUUGACAGAGAAGAAAUAACUGAAAAAGUAUACUUGGCUGUUGAAUGGUGUUACAAUAAUCUGGAUGAUGAAGAGCUUAAACCAUUGUUCUUGCUAUGCGGGAUUGUUGUAAGAGACAACCAUUUUUGUUCGUCAGAUUUGCUGAAAUAUUGUAUGGGUUUAGGUUUGUUAAAAAAUGUCGAUACAGUGGAAGAAGCACGACAUACGCUGGAUAUCCUCGUUGAAAAACUGAAAGAUUCGUGUUUGUUGCUGGAAAGAGAUGUUGAUGGACUUGUCAAAAUGCAUGAUCUUGUAUGUCAUGUUGCCUUCCGGAUUGCAUACAGAGAUCAUCACGUCUUGUCAGUAACAUAUGGAGAUGACUUGAAGGAUUGGCCAGAAAAAGAAAUCUAUAAAAGGUGCACUAUGAUUUUAUUAAACUCCAGCAGUAUCCCCAUACUUUCCUUAAUACCUUGGGAAUGCCCAGAUCUUAAAAUGUUUCAUUUGGUCGGUGACGCUAUAUCAAUGAACUCGGUGGAAAUCCCAUCCGUCGUUUUCAGAGAGAUGAAGAAACUCAGGGUGUUAAAUUUAAUCAACCUGCACAUACUGUCACUACCUCCAUCUCUUCAAUUCCUGAAGAAUCUGCACAUGCUAUGUUUAGAUAAAAGCAUAUUGGGAGAUGUCGCUUUAGUUGGGGAGCUUAGCAACUUGGAAAUUCUUAGCUUUUGCAAAUCCAGAGUUAAACAAUUGCCUAAAGAAAUAGGGCAGUUGACUCGUCUUCGGUUGUUGGAUUUAUCUGAUUGCUCUGAACUCGAAGUUAUUGUACCUGGUGUCAUAUCAAGCUUGGUGACACUGGAAGAGUUGAGAAUGAGAAACAGCUUUAACAAGUGGGAGGUUGAAGGUGAAAGAAGUAAUGCGAGCCUUUCGGAGCUGAAGCAUUUGUCUCGGCUGUCCUCAUUAGAUAUACAUAUUCCCAAUGCUGACAUUCUUCCAGCAAAUUUGUUCUCCCAAAAGUUAAAGUUAAAUAGAUUCAAUAUAAUUAUUGGGGUUGCAUAUGUGCGGGAGAAACGUGUGGCUAAGACGACCCUCAACACACUAAAACUCAAGCUCACUACCAGCCUUGAACAAUUGGACGAAGGCCUAAGAUUGCUGGUGAAAAGAUCAGAAGACUUGUCCUUAUAUGUGGAGGGCGUUAAUACUACUGUCCAUCCACUAGAUACGGAAGGUCUUGAGCAUCAUCUGCAACUCCAAAGCGACGUGGACUUGACUCAUAUUAUAAACAGUAAGUACGUGCAGGUUGUGUUCCCCAACUUAACAUUCUUGAGUGUACAUGGAUGUGAUGGUCUAAGAUUCAUGUUCUCAUUUUCUACGGCUGCAAGGCUUGUACAACUCAAACAACUGGUAAUAUCCGGAUGUGAAUUCAUUGAGGAGAUUAUAUCAACAAGAGAAGGUGAAGAAAAUAUGGAUAUUAUGUUCCCUAAUCUGGAAGAUUUGAUCCUCGUUGGACUUCCAAAAGUUGUUAGAUUCUGCACAGGAAGUUAUAUUGAAUUUCCGUCCUUGAAAAACUUGGAGAUAGUUCGGUGUUCUAAGCUGGAGGCAUUCAUUGUUGAUAACAAAAUUUGGAAAGAAAUUGAAGAGUGGGACCCCGAACAGAACCUUGAUGUCAAGAGCGAGACUGGUGUACAGUAUUUCUUCUUUGACGGAAAGGCACGAUUUCCUGGCUUGGAGAGACUGAAAAUCAAUCAGGCAAGCAAGUUGAAGACAAUAUGGCACACCCAACUUGCUCAAGACUCUUUUUGCAGGCUCAGACAAGUUGAGGUUUCCGAGUGCGUUAGUCUAAUAAAUGUCUUGCCCCCUAGCAUCGUGGGAAGAUUGAAUGCUCUGGAAGUUGUGUUCCCCAACUUAACAAUCUUGAGUGUACACGGAUGUGAUGGUCUAAGAUUCAUGUUCUCAUUUUCUAUGGCUACAAGGCUUGUACAACUCAAACAACUGGUAAUAUCCGGAUGUGAAUUCAUUGAAGAGAUUAUAUCAACAAGAGAAGGUGAAGAAAAUAUGGAUAAUAUGUUCCCUAAUCUGGAAGAUUUGAUCCUUGUUGGACUUCCAAAAGUUGUUAGAUUCUGCACAGGAAGUUAUAUUGAAUUUCCGUCCUUGAAAAACUUGGAGAUAGUUCAGUGUUCUAAGCUGGAGGCAUUCAUUGUUGAUAACAAAAUUUCGAAAGAAAUUGAAGAGUGGGACCCGGAAGAGAACUUUGAUGUUAAGAGUGAGACUGGUGUACAAUAUUUCCUCUUUGACGGAAAGGCACGAUUUCCUAGCUUGGAGAGGCUGAAAAUCAAUCAGGCAAGCAAGUUGAGGACAAUAUGGCACACCCAACUUGCUCAAGACUCUUUUUGCAGCCUCAAACAAGUUGAGGUUUCCGAGUGCGUUAGUCUAAUAAAUGUCUUGCACCCUAGUAUCGUGGGAAGAUUGAAUGCUCUGGAAGUUGUGUUCCCCAACUUAACAAUCUUGAGUGUACACGGAUGUGAUGGUCUAAGAUUCAUGUUCUCAUUUUCUAUGGCUACAAGGCUUGUACAACUCAAACAACUGGUAAUAUCCGGAUGUGAAUUCAUUGAAGAGAUUAUAUCAACAAGAGAAGGUGAAGAAAAUAUGGAUAAUAUGUUCCCUAAUCUGGAAGAUUUGAUCCUUGUUGGACUUCCAAAAGUUGUUAGAUUCUGCACAGGAAGUUAUAUUGAAUUUCCGUCCUUGAAAAACUUGGAGAUAGUUCAGUGUUCUAAGCUGGAGGCAUUCAUUGUUGAUAACAAAAUUUCGAAAGAAAUUGAAGAGUGGGACCCGGAAGAGAACUUUGAUGUUAAGAGUGAGACUGGUGUACAAUAUUUCCUCUUUGACGGAAAGGCACGAUUUCCUAGCUUGGAGAGGCUGAAAAUCAAUCAGGCAAGCAAGUUGAGGACAAUAUGGCACACCCAACUUGCUCAAGCCUCUUUUUCCAGGCUCAGACAAGUUGAGGUUUCCGAGUGCGUUAGUCUAAUAAAUGUCUUGCCCCCUAGUAUCGUGGGAGGAUUGAAUGCUCUGGAAGUGAGGAGUUGUGAAAGAAUUGUACUAAUAGUGGCAAGCAACAUUGUUGGAGAUGAUGAUCCUGAUGAUGUAUCAGAAAAUGAGUUUGAUUUCAGCAGCUUGAAAUGCCUGACACUCGCUGAUCUACCAAGUCUACAAGGCUUUUGCUCCGUACAUUGCAUCGUGAAAUUCUCAUCCGCAAUAACCUUAAAAGUAGAACUCUGCCCAAUCGAGUUGAAGAUAUCCCCUAAUGGGUUCCUCCUGAACGAGUUGACUGAGUUGCGAUUGGCUGAGUUGCGAUUGGCUGAGUUGCAAUUGGCUGAGACAAGGAUCCAAACCUUGAAGAAAAUCAUGGAUGAGUUGAAGAAUCCUAAUACCAUCAGGAUCGGGGUGUGCGGAAUUGCGGGUGUGGGAAAAACCACGCUUGCAAAAGCAGUUCAUAAGCAAGCUACAGAAGAUAAAGAGUUAUUUGAUGAUGUGGUUAUCCUACUAGACGUGAAAAGCAAUACAGACUUGGAAGGAAUUCAAAAGAAAAUUGUUGAGAAGUUGGGCAUGGACAUUCUUGACAAUGACACCAUCGAUGGAAGAGCCAGUCGUUUAAGUGCCCGGAUAAAGGACAAAAAGGUGCUUGUAAUUCUAGAUGAUGUUUGUGAACAAAUUGACUUAGUGGCUGUCGGACUUCCUAGCGUGGCUGCUUGUAAGAUAUUGCUGACAUCUAGAUUUAGGAAGACAUUAUCUGAUAUGAGUACGCAGAAAGAGUUUCUGCUUGACAUUUUACAAGAAAAAGAGUCCUGGGUAUUAUUUGAGAAGAAGGCACUCGAUGUUGUUAAGGAUCCAGCUAUACUAGAAGUAGCAAAACAAGUUGCCAAAAAUUGUGGUGGUCUGCCUAUUUUGGUGGUCACAGUGGCAAGUGUUUUAAAGCAAAGAACUACGUUACCUCCGUGGACAGAUGCUUUGACAUGCUUGCAGGAAGGGUCUGAUAGAGAAGAAGAAUUGGCAGAAAAGGCACACUUGGGUCUAGAGUGGAGUUACAAACAGUUGAAUGAUAAGGAACUAAAGCAAAUAUUCUUGCUAUGUGGCAUUACUAUACGGGGAAACAGUAUUAGUUUGGCAGACUUGUUGAGGUAUAGUAUGGGUUUAGGUUUCUUGAAAAAGGCCUUCACAGUGGAGGAAGCACGAAAGGCAUUGCUUUCACGAAUUGAAAAGCUCAAAGAUUAUUGUCUACUUAUAGAGAGUGAUGACAACAGAUAUGUUCGAAUGCAUGAGCUUGUACUCAAUGUUGCUAACCAGAUUGCAUUCAGAGAUCGACACAUCUUAUCAUUAGUGGAAGAUGGAGGUAACCGUGAGUUGAAAGAAUUGUCAGAUAAGUAUUUUUUAGAGAAAUGCACAAUCAUGUCUUUCCCCUGUGGCAACAAUAUCCCAAGGCUUCCUGAAGUUAUGCACUGCCCCACUCUGACAAUGUUUCAUUUGCAAGGUGACCUAGAUGAUGACUCGCAGAAAAUCUCGCCUAGGUUUUUUGAAAAGAUGAAAAAUCUCCAAGUGCUGAGUUUGCGAUGUAUGACUAUUCCAACACUACCUUUGUCUCUUCAGUUCCUGAAAAAUCUAGUUUUCCUAUGUUUAGAUCAGUGCAUAUUGGGAGAUGUCGCUUUAAUUGGGGAGCUGAGUAACUUGGAAAUUCUUUCGUUUUCAGAAUCCAAUGUCAAACAAUUGCCUACAGCAGUAGGGCAAUUGACUCAUCUUCGGUUGUUAGAUUUAUCAGAUUGCUCUGAACUUGAAGUGAUCUCUCCAGGUGUUAUAUCAAGCUUAGGGAGACUGGAAGAGUUGAGAAUGAGAAACAGCUUUAAAAAGUGGGAGGUUGAAGGCGAAGGAAGUAAUGCAAGCCUUUCAGAGUUGAAGCAUUUGUCUCAGCUAUCCUUCUUAGAAAUACAUAUUCCUAAUGCUGACAUUCUUCCGGCAAACUUGUUCUCCCCCGAGUUGGAAAGAUUCAAUAUAAUUGUUGGGGAUGUGUGUGAGAAACUUAUGGUUGAGACGACCCUCAACAGCCUAAAACUCAAGCUCACUACCAGCAUUGAACACUUGGAUGAAGGACUAAAAUUUCUAGUGGAAAGAUCAGAAGACUUGUCCUUAUAUACGGAGAGUGUUAAUAAUAUUUUCCAUCCACUAGAUACAGAAGAGUUUGAGCAUCUGAAGCAUUUGCAACUCGAAAGCAACGUUGUUGAUUUUACUCAUAUUAUAAAUAUAAAGGCUGUGUUCCCGAACUUAACUUCGUUGACAGUACAUAGGUGUGGUCGCCUAAGCUUCUUGUUUUCAAUUUCUAUGGCUAAAAGUCUUGUGGGACUCAAACAUCUUGAGAUAUCCACUUGUGCAAUCAUAGAAGAGAUUGUUUCAUCAACAGGAGAACAUGGUCAACAAAAUAUGGAUAACAUGUUCCCUAAGUUGGAAGAUUUGAAGCUAAAUGAACUUCCAACCCUUACCAGAUUUUGCUCCGGAAGUUAUAUUCAACUUCUGUCCUUAGAAAAAUUGGAUAUAGAAGGUUGUAGUAAACUGGGUGCAUUCAUUUCUGAUAAUGUUGCUAUGAGUGGUGAAGAUAUUAGAAUCUGCAAAGAAAUUGAAGAGAAGGACUCUGAAGAGAACCUUGAUGUUAACAGCAAGCUGAAUACUGCACAAUGCUUCCUCUUUGACGAAAAGAUUGGUUUGCCUAACUUGACAAGCUUGAUGGUUCACCGAUGUGAUGGUUUAAAUUUCUUACUGUUAUCUUCCAUGGCAAGAAGUCUUGUAAAACUCAAACAUCUUGUGAUAUCUGAAUGUCAAAGAAUGGAAGCAGUAUUGACAAAAGAACACAGUGAAGAAAACAAGGAUAACAUGUUUCCUGAGUUAAAAGAAUUGGACCUAAAGGAUCUUCCUCAUCUUGUUAGAUUCUGCUCAGGAAAUUAUUUUGAAUUUGCAUCUAUGGAGAGAUUGCAAUUAGAAAAGUGUGCUAAAUUGGAGACAUUCAUCUGUAAUCCCUCGAGUACCAGUAUUGCAAGCCAAAAAGAAAUGGAAAGAGUGGACAAGAAUGAGAACCUUGAGACAGAAGUACCAUACUUUCUUUUUGACAAAAAGGUAGGGCUUCCAAGGUUGGAGAGGUUGAUUAUCAAUGAACUACCGAAGCUCACAACAAUUUGGCACACUCAACUUGCUCCAAACUCUUUCCGCAGACUCAGAGACGUUACAGUGCAACGAUGCAAUGGUCUUAAAUAUAUUUUUCAAGUCUCCAUCAUAGCCGGUGUUUUUCACCAGCUACAAAAGUUGAUAGUGAAGGAGUGUGGAGUGGAGGAAAUAGUUUCUCAGGAAGAGGGCAUAGAAAAAUUAAUGCCUGAUCAGUUCUUCCCAAAGCUAACAUGUUUGGAAUUUACAAGUCUAUUCCAACUUGAGAGAUUCUAUCUAAAGAUGCCUGCUAUCAACUGGCCACUAAAAACAUUAGUGUUGUCUGAUUGUCAGAAAGUGGAUAUCUUUGCCGCGGAAUCUUCAGGCCGUCAGAAAAUACAUGACUUGGGGAAUCUGCGGGUUAAACAAUAUUAUGUUCUAUUUGAGAAGAGUUUAUUUCCCAAACUGGAAGAUUUGACCUUCAGCCCCGUGGACAUCUGGUACGGUCGACCUGCCCAUGAAAAAGCUCUUUUUCCUGCGACCGGUACAGAUGGGUCCCUUCCACAUUUGAGAACGUUGAGGCUACAUGGAAUGGAGAAGUUUAUGCGUCUCUGGGAGAACACCGAACCUGCAGCUGGAUCAGCUUUUCCACAGUUGAAAACUCUUGAGGUGAAGUUUUCUGGAUUGACUAAUCUAGAGUUGUCUGCAAUAUCCUUCCGGAAUCUAACAACUAUAGAAGUAACCUUUUGCUGGCGAUUGCAAUAUUUGACCACUUAUUCAGUAGCUCAAAGUCUCGUGCAACUCAAAACUUUGAAAGUUGACGAAUGUAAAAAUAUGAAAGAAAUCUUCACAAGCGAAGGAAUGGGAGAAGGUGCAAGUAAAUGUGAGAUUGUUUUCAGGCAGUUGCAAACUUUGGAACUUGGUGAUUUAAUAAGUUUGGAACGGUUUUGCGCGAGCAACUGCAGAGUGAAGGUCCCAAUCUUGGGAACUUUAAAGGUGAAUUGGUGCCCGUUCAAAUUGAAGAUUUCCUCUGAUAAGGUACUAGAAGUUGAUCUGGAGUCUGAUACUGAAUCAUGGUCGCAAAGCAUGUCUAUGCAUGAACAGGACAACAGACGUUUGAGGGCGAAAGAAGGUAACAGCCUCCCGGAGACUCCGGUUGUUCUCGCGCUGCCUGAGACUGGUACUUCUAGCUCGUUGACUGCCAAGAAAACUGCUGAUCUUCCUGCGGAGGUGAUAGCCCAGCUUAAUGCUCUGCUUGGAAUUGACCUGGCAGCUCCCUCAGCCUAUCAGCAACUCUCAGCACUCCUCCCAUUUCUUCAAUCAACUAGAAAGGAAUGGGUAGUUGAUCAAAUAAGAGAAGCUCUUCAGAAAUUGGCUCCUGCCGUGGACAAGAAGAGCUCUGAGCUAACUGCCCAACUUGAGGCGGGAAGGUCUGAGGUUAUUGCCGGCAGCUCCCAUAUUGAGGCGGAAUGUCAAGAAGUCAUGGGCCGGGAGGCGGAACCGAGAUUUGCUUCAGGCCCAGGAUGAGGUUGAUAGCACUUCCAACUUUAAUAGCUCCAGCUUUUGUAAGAACCUUGUACUAUCAUCUUCUGCGCCUCUGUGUUUAUUUAGGCCCAAAAAUUUCUGUUUGUAGCGGCCCAAAAUCAAUUAGUCAUGUUUGGGCCACUAUCUGAUUUAUUUUUAAAUUUCAAAACUUCGAAGUAGACUAGACUGUGAGGUAGUUCACUCCUGUCUUCUCUAGUGACAAUGUUUUGGGUAAUUGGGUUUUGAUUUUGUAACAUCUUCCUGAAGAUAAUGUGUGCUGCUGCACUUCAUUAUAACAAGUUCGACCCAUAUGCUGAAAA